GGGACUCUUCCUCCUUAAAAGCAGUUGCUGAAGGCAGUGAAUAGAGGAAAGAAAAGACCUCAACAGCAAAAACAGAGGCUGAAAACUCCUCAAGUUGUUGAAGCCCAAGAAAGAUGUAUCUUUUGGGAGUGAAGUGAGGGUUAUAAGCAAGGUGUUUGGAGAGAAAGGGGAAGAUGAAUAUGGAGGAAAAGGUGAAGGAGGGCACUAGAAAGGGUAGAAUCCCAGCAAAUGGUAAUUUGGCUGGAAAGGGAGGAUGACAACAAGGAUUGAGGUGGGGCAGAGAAACAGCAUUUCAUGUGUAGACGCCACGGUGUGUGCGGUCAUUAUUUUCACAUCGCUGUGGACCAAGAGAGGAAAUGCCCUCUCCUGGAAGAAGAAACACAAAGAUGACACUUGGGGGCCCUUAAGGCAGAGUUGAGGGAAAGGAAAGGGGUUCUACGAGUCUAUAAGAGUGGCAGCCUGGUGUAGCAGAGAAAACACUGAAUAUGGAGUCAGGAAAUCUGAGUUCAAGUCCCGGCUCUGCCAGUGGCACCAGGCAAAGAGCUGCUGAACAUCAGACAGUGACCAGUCUGGUGACGUACAGCUGCAGCCAUGAACUACCCCUUAACCUUGGACAUGGACCUCACGAACUACAACUUGGAGGACCUGUACAAGGAAUUGGGCAGCUACAAUGACAGCUCGGAGCCCCCCGUGGUGGAAAAUCACCUCUGCUCUACAGUUGAGGGGCCCCUCCUGACCUCCUUCAAGGCCGUGUUCAUGCCUAUGGCCUAUGGCCUCAUCUUCCUUCUGGGUAUGAUGGGCAACAUCCUGGUGCUGGUGAUCCUGGAGCGGCACCGGCAAACACGCAACUCCACCGAGACCUUCCUGUUCCACCUGGCGUUGGCUGACCUCCUUCUGGUCCUCAUCCUGCCCUUUGCUGUGGCCGAGGGCUUUGUGGGCUGGGUCCUGGGCACCGGCCUCUGCAAAACUGUGAUCGCUCUGCACAAGAUCAACUUCUACUGCAGCAGCCUGCUCCUGGCCUGCAUUGCUGUGGACCGCUACCUGGCCAUUGUCCACUCCGUCCAUACCUACCGCCACCGCCGCCUCCACUCCAUCCACAUCACCUGUAUAACCAUUUGGCUGGCGGGCCUCCUCUUCGCCUUGCCAGAGCUUCUCUUCGCCAAGGUCAGCCAACCUCAUCACAAUGGCUCUCUGCCCCGCUGUACCUUCUCCCAAGAGAACCAAGCUGAAACCAAUGCCUGGUUCACCUCCCGCUUCCUCUACCAUAUCGGAGGAUUCCUGCUGCCAAUGCUGGUGAUGGGGUGGUGUUAUGUAGGGGUGGUACACAGGCUGUGCCAGGCCCAGCGGCGCCCUCAGCGGCAGAAGGCAGUCAGGGUGGCCAUCCUGGUGACGAGUGUCUUCUUUCUCUGCUGGUCACCCUACCACAUCAUCAUCUUCCUGGACACCCUGGCGAGGCUGAAGGCCAUGGUCAAUAGCUGUGAUCAGAAUGGCUAUCUCUCUGUGGCCAUCACCUUGAGUGAGUUCCUGGGCCUGGCCCACUGCUGCCUCAAUCCCAUGCUCUACACUUUCGUUGGCGUGAAGUUCCGUAGUGACCUGUCACGGCUUCUGACCAAGCUGGGCUGUGCCGGCCCCGCCUCCCUCUGCCAGUUCUUGCCUAGUUGGCACAAGAGCAGUCUCUCUGAGUCAGAGAAUGCCACCUCCCUCACCACCUUCUAGCUCCCAGCUCCCCUCUGUUUCUGCUUUCCUUGGCGGAUGCAGUGAUGCUGGAACCCCUUCCAACAGGAUCUGGGAGUCUAAGAGCUCACCUUGGCCAGUGUCCUCAUAUGGGGCAGCUAGAUGAACCAACUCCUCUUUCCAGGAGAUCCCUGCCAGCUCUUCUCCCAGCCCUGGGACUUGGCUGGAGUCCAGGUAGGCGAAAGCAGCCCAAAGGCAAAGCAAAGGACACCUGUGCCUGCCUACAUCACCUUGGGCUGAGAGGACCCCACACAGCUUCUCUCAUCUUAACCAUCUAAAGCUCAAGAAAGAACUUUUACUUCUGCCCUUGCCAAUAGGGAAAGUCAAUCCCCUUCCAGAACACACUCUAUCAUCUUUUGGGCCACUGACCUCCACGACUACCCACCUCUCCUCCUACCCUACCUGCUGAAAGAAGCUAGAAGCUGAGGACCAGGGGAUGGAUGGAGGUUAAGGCUGAGGAAAGACCAGCUGGCAACAGAGUGUGGCCUUAACAUGUCUCAGUCCCUAAAAAACACAGACAUUCUGCCAGGCCUCCAGCCUGCAGCAUCUUGACCAAGCAGGAAGGUCAGAUUGACCCAGUCCAGGUAGCUGCCUCUGGUUCUGACCAAAAUGGUGCUGGGUCAGCCCCAUGUCACUGGGUCCUUGGAGGUCUGCAGAUUGAGGACAGACUUCAGGUGCCCUCAGAGACCAGGCAGUGUCCCAGGGAAGAACUAGAGCCAAGCCGGCAGAGAGGAGCCCAAGUGGGGCAAGACAAGAUUCCCCUUCCCCAGCCCUACGGAGGGACAAGUACAAACCGAAGCCAGCUGUUGUCUCUGCGCAGGGUACAGAGCUCCCAGGGUGGGCCAGGGACAGCUAGAUCUAGGGCCCUGGUGGGCCUGGGCACUGAUGGGGAAGGAGCAGACUCUCUCCUCCCUGCCCCCAUCCCUGCAAACUACACAGCAGGGGAAACUCCUCAAGCAGCAGAGGCGUCUUGACUGUAGCACACGGAGCACUUAGCCAAGAGUCAGAAGGGAGAUGGAGAUCCCCUGAGGAGCAAGACAGACUGACAGGGGCCAAGGGGGUCAUCUCAUCCAGCUCCCUGCCUGCAGGCCAAGCCCAGAGCACGCAGUCUGUCUGGGCCUCAGCAAGCGCUGCAGCAUCCCCUUAGGAAGGACGGUGCGGAAAAGCAGGUCUGGGCAGGGAAGUCCCCAGGCCCCAGGAAGCAGGGCCCUGCCCCCAGAGGAUACCACUCAGAUGGAACCAGAGGAAGCGGCUCUGCGCUCGCCCGCCUGCCCGGGAGGGCUGACCCUCCCUCCUUCCCAGCCUCUGUCUGUCUAGGGAGGGACAACAGGGACCCCAGCACUUGCUGAGGAAACUUCUGGGUUGCUCAGUCCCACUCAAGCCAGUCAGCCAAGCUCCCUAGGAGGCCCCCAUUGGGGAAUCAGAGCUGUGACCAGGGGACAGUGUCUUCACGUGGAACAAUGGGGAAACCCUGGAGCCCCCCUUUUUUCUCCUAGCAUCCAGUGGUAAGCUGGGCAGUGGAGAAGCCAGACACGGAAGUAACAAGGCAAAAGGCUUGAUUUUUAAUUUUCUCUUUUUAAUAAAAAGGCACCUAUAAAACAGGUCAAUACAGUACAGGCAGCACAGAGACCCCCGGAACAAGCCUAAAAAUUGUUUCAAAAUAAAAACCGAAAAGAUGUCUUCA